AUGUCUGACAUCUUGUUGCUUCCUAGCUAUCCCACAGGUUCUUACAACUUUAUAAAACGGCUAUUAUCAGCUGACAUAGUAACUCCUAAUUUGGAGACUUCUGCAAAACCCUUCUCGAUUAAUGAAUCAGCCAGCCACCCGAUUUCACCCAUCAAACUGACCAUUGCUAUUAUCGGAGGGGGAGUUGGUGGCCUGGCUGCUGCCAUUGCUCUAAAGCAAGAUGGCCAUAACGUAACUCUUUAUGAGCAAGCGCCACAGCUCAGUGAGAUUGGUGCAGGGAUCCAGAUUCCACCAAACUCAUCACGCAUUCUUCAUUCAUGGGGCCUCCAAGCGGCAUUGGAACGUCAAUCCAUCCGACCUAGCGGUAUCACUUGGCGCCGCUGGCAAGAUGGAUGUGUUAUAGGCCACGCCAAACUGGGUUCGGAAAUCCUUCAGAAAUACGGAUCGCCUUAUUAUGUCACCCACCGCGCACAUCUCCAUGAUGCUCUAUAUCAACGAACCAAGGAACUGAAAGUACCAGUAAUUCUCAAUCACAAGGCGAAAAGUUACGAUUUCAACAAUGCUAGCGUAACGUUCGAGGAUGGCACAGUUGUGGACGCUGACCUUGUUAUUGCUGCCGAUGGGUUAAAAUCUAUCGCUCGAAAGGCGUUGACUAGUAUCAAUGACAAAGGCCCCGAAGGUCACGGUCUAGCAGCAUACCGUUGUACCGUGUCGAUGGCCGCGAUCAAAGCCGAUCCAUUGAUUAGCCGGAUAGCGCAGAAACCAUCUCUUAACCUUUGGGUGGGCCAUAAUCGUCAUGUCAUGGCAUAUCCUAUUGCAGGCGGAGAGCGCUACAACAUGGUCCUAACGCAUCCUGAACCAUCAUCCACUAUCCAGAACCUAUCUUCGGACGGGUUAACACAGAUGAAAUCGCAAUUCAACGGGUGGGAUCCAUGCUUGAUGAGAUUGCUAGAUCUGGUAAAUGAAGCCGUUAAGUGGCCCAUCCAGUCCAUUGACGUCCCCGACAGAUGGGCCUCUGAAUCACGGCGCACCAUUUUAACCGGCGAUGCAGCACAUGCUAUGACUCCCUACAUGGCUCUUGGGGCGGCUAUGGCUGUUGAGGACGCUGCCGCUCUCGCUGCUGCUCUACGGCAUAUGUCGCAGCCAGAAGAUCUCGUUGAUAUUAUAGACAAAUGGACGAAGAUUCGUAUUCCUGGAGUCAAAGCCGUACAUGAGGCUAGUAUUGCACAGGGGCUGAUCAUGCAUUUCGCUGAUGGGCCAGUUCAGCAGGCCAGGGAUGUGGCUCUAGCUGUAGAACUGAAAGACUUUCCGUUCGAUGAAAGUCCGAAUCAAUGGAGUGAUCCAACUAUGACGGAGUGGGUAUAUAAAUACGAUGUAGUAGAGGCUAUGCACCAUGAAUGGAUAAGAUAA